AUGCCUCGAGUGCAAUACCAUCAUCAUGAGAUGGAACAGUUCGCAACAUUCAGACCAACAUACCAUCAUCACUAUCCCCAGCCUCCAGCGGUGCUUCAGAGGUUGGGCUUCGAGUCCCAUCAUCUCCUCUCCACGGCGGUUCUUCAGCAGCAGAUCCAAUACCUUCGGUAUUCGGAACCCCUGGAACUCAACUCGUCUUAUCCAUUGGAUUUGUCAGUGAAAAGCCAAGCGCCGAUAACACCGCCGUGCACGCCGUCUCCGGGCCACAAGAGACCUGCCGCCUCUCCAACGACAACGCUAUUACCAGAACAACCGACGAAGAAACCGAAAACCCAAAACACUUCACAGAAAAAGGCGAAGGCUACACGGAAACUGAACUUCGACGAAGACAACAGCAGUCCAGUUUCCGGUACCAUCAUCAGAGAGCUUCGGCCGGAUGAAACACUUGUGGUCCGCAAAGGUGAUAUAGAUCCAGCUUUCAAUGUGGUCGAAGUCACCGAAGAGGCUAAGGCUGAGUUGGCGAAGAUCGAGAACCACAUCGGAGAUUACGUGUGCAGGCUGUGCAGGGAGCUUUACGAAGAUGCCUUCGGCUUGGCUCAGCACCGUUGUUCGAGGAUCGUGCACGUGGAGUACCGAUGUCCGGAAUGCGAUAAAGUCUUCAAUUGCCCGGCAAACCUGGCAUCGCAUCGGCGAUGGCACAAGCCCAGGCCCAACAAGGAACCGAAGAACGAAGAAGUAGCGGAGGGUGAAGGCGGUGAGCAGUUUCCUUGCGGCGAAUGCGGCAAGAAGUUCCGGAGGAUCGCGUACCUGAGGAAGCACCAGACUAUACAUCAGGUUGACUGACAGCGGCUUGUCCCUGUCAGGCCGAUACCUCGAAUGCCCCUAAGACUUUGGCGACCGCCACCUUUACCACCGCCGUCUUCAACGACAACAACACCACCGGAAAGGUACGUGCCAGACAUCAGCUGGUUAAGUAGAUUUUAAUUAACAUAUCCAACAAACUAGUCAAGCUUAUAAUAUUCUAGUCAAAUAUUUAGCUUUUUAAAUACGCAAACCAAAAAUAAUAUAUACCAAUAUAAGUAUAACAAAUUUA